AAAUGGCUAAAUGACCUCCUCAACAUGUCUUGUAGUUCUCCAGAGGCCUGGUAAUGAACUAAUCAUUUGAUUCAGGUGUGUUGACCCAGGGUGAGAUCUAAAGCCUGCAGGACACUGACCCUCGAGGCCUGAAGUUGCCCACCCCUGAGUUAGAGGAUCACCAAAGCGUAUAUAGUAUGUCCAGCUUUUUUUUUUUUGCUUUUUUUUUUCCAUAAAGGGUUAAGGGUUUUUGCUAACUUGUGUGAUCAUCUGUGAUUUCACAUACCUCAGUAUGGAUCAUAUAGCACAUAAUGAAGGUUUUAACCACCAGGUAUUCUCUGGGAAUCCAACCUUCUUGUCAUUGUAUCUAUUAUUUAAAUAUUUUUGUACUUUUGCCCAGCCACCAAGAAUCAUGAAAGGCUAGUGAAUUUCUUGACUCUUACAGCUGGUUAUGUUUUAAGUCAAACUGCUGUGCCAAUACAGUACUUUGCUCUGAUGAAAUUCUUCAUAUUUUUAUUAUUAAGUUUGACUUUUCAAUGAAUUUGUUUGUUGUUGUUGUUGUUGUUUUAGUUCCAAGUUAUAAUGGCAAUGAUUGUUACUGUCCUUUUGAAGUCUGGAGCCUGGAUGAUGCCCACAGUUUAAAGGUCAUGGUCUGAAUGUUACCUGUGAAAUGUAACAGUUCAAUUAUAUUAUGACAUCAUAAAUGUUUUUGUUUCACUUCCAAAGCUACAGCUUGCUAGCAUGAGAUUGCCUUCAGAUUUGCCUUAAUUCUUUUGUGGUAUUGAUUACAGUUAACCCAACACCAAAUAACCACAAAGAACCCGUUUGAGAGGAUUUGAGGUACAUGAAGUGUGUUAUUCUAUCUAAAGCAACCAUCAGAAGGUGAUUGUGAUCAUAAAGCGAUCGACAUGGUGAGGAACAAUGAUCAGGCAGGCUGUGGUGUUUGAACAGUUCGCAGUUUGUAGUAAGUGGCUCCAAGUGUGCCAGGAAAGUGUUCUUCACGCCAUUACACUGCCACCACCAGCCUGAAGAGUUGUAAUACUCAUUUCUGACCCUACUAUCCGAAUGUCACAGUAAAAAUUGAAACUCUCCAAACCGGCAAUGUUUUUUCCAAUUUUCUUGUCUAAUUUUGAUGAGCCUGUGCUAAUUUUAGCCUCAGUUUCCUAUUCUUAGCUGAAAGGAGUGGCACCCAUGAUCUUCUGCUGCUGAAGUCCAUCUGCUUCAAGGUUUGAUUAAAUAAGUAAUAAGUCAUUUGAGAGACAGUAUGUUGACAGUACUUCUUUUAAUUUAACAACUCUACCGGCACUGGCCUCAUAGCUUCUGCUUGUAUUGGGCGACCGUGGCUCAAGGGGGUGGGAAGCGGAUCUGUAACCGGAAGUUCGCCGGUUCAAUCCCUGGGCUCUCUGUCCUGGUCGUUAUGUCCUUGGGCAAGACACUUUACCCUCCCGCCUACUGGUCGCCAGAGGGGCCGAUGGCGCGAUAUGGCAGCCUCGCUUCUGUCAGUCUGCCCCAGGGCAGCCACCCCUGUGGCUACAACUGCAGCUUGUCUCCAACAGUGUAUGUGAAUGACGUGAGAGUGAAUGAAUAAUGGCAUUGUAAAGCGCUUUGGGUGCCUUGAAAAGCGCUAUAUACAGUAAAUCCAAUCCAUUAUCGCACCAUAAUGGCUUCUCAGUGGACUAAAGUGCCAUCUAACCUGUCUUUCCAGGAAUAAAAAAAACAGAUGCACAACUCAAAUAACCGCACUGGUUGCUUUCACUAUCAUCCAUAUGUUGCACCUGAGUGGUAAAGCUUGCAAUACGAUCUGAUCCUUGUAUUGUGCAACCCAAAACAAACCAAAUUUUUGGAUUUAUUUACGAUGUUUUUGGCUUCUUUGCCAACAAUAUAGAUUCUUUUUUUUAACAAUUGUUAUUAAAAUUUUUGCUUGUUUUCAAGGCAUUUUACUCGGAAUUUUCAGAUGUUCAGAUGUCCGUUGAGAAUUGGUUUCAUCUACACUGGCUGGAUGGAGCUGUUAAAACAUUUAAAAAAGACGUAUGUUCUCCUCUUCAUCACUGCUCUCUUCCUCUGUUUGGUCUUGACUUUGAAAAUGCCCAGCACAUACAAAUCAAACCCAAAACCAUCUGGGCCGCCAAGUGCUUGCUCCAUGAGGAUAUCCGAGCAGACCAUCACGCCGCUUAACAAUACCAAGCACUUACUGGUGUCAGCCUACAUGGACCAAAGAGUGAAGGAUUUUGAUAUACGCAUCAUUGGCAUAUUUAGGAGAGACUCCAUCCAACCCCUUCACUGCUUUUUCUGCUGUGCUGGUUAUUUAAGUGAAACCACUCCAGCAACAAUUUUACAGCAUCCGGAUAACUUUGGUUUUCCCUUUGUCACUACGGAUGUCAUGUGUCAGAUUCCUCAGAACUGCAGUGCGACACAUGUCACUCUCUUGACUACACCAGACAAACAGAGUCCAUCUAAUCAUCCAUGGCUCCCAAUAAGAAACAAAGACACAGUUGGACAGAAGGAAGAAAACAUGCAGUUUGACUUUACAAUCUGCAUCUCUAACCUCUUUGGUGACUACAACAAUGUGCUUCAGUUUGCACAGACUCUGGAGAUGUACAAGUUGCUGGGUGUGAACAGAGUGGUGAUCUAUAACACCAGCUGUGGUCCAGAGCUCGAUCGCCUGUUGCAGAGUUACAGCGAUGAGGGCUUUGUGGAAAUGGUUCCUUGGCCCAUUGACAAGCAUCUGAAUCCAUCUCGUGGCUGGCUUCACUCAGAGCACGGAGGAGACGUGCACUACUUUGGCCAGCUGACCACACUUAAUGAGUGCAUUUACAGGUCAAUGGAGCGUUCUCGCUAUGUCCUGUUGAAUGACAUUGAUGAGAUUCUAAUGCCAUACCAGCACAAGGACCUGAUGUCUUUGAUGAACACGCUCCGAAAUCAGCAUCCAAAUACAGGAGUAUUUCUCAUUGAGAACCACACCUAUCCCAAGAAGCUUUUUAAUCAAAGUAAAUCGGGGCCCCUGCCUCAAUGGAACGGGGUGCCAGGCUUUGAUAUUAUGGUGCACAUCUACAGAGAGGAGCCUAACAGAAAUAUUUACCAUCCACACAAGUUAAUAGUUCAGCCAAGAGCAGUGCAGCAGACCUCAGUGCAUGAUGUGCUUAAGAUGUCUGGAGCAAAGUUCAAGGUUCCACCAGACGUAUGUCGGAUCAUUCACUCGCCAAUCAGUACUCCGACCAAUCCACCACUUGAUCAGCUUCAUGUGGACACCCGACUGUGGGACUUUAAAGACAAACUGCUCCCCAAUGUGAUCAAGGUGCUGCAGAGAGCAGAACUGCUGAGAUCAGAGACGCAAAACUGAUAGAUGACGGACACAAAUAUUGAAGUUUUAGGAGAAAAAAGCUGGUCAACAAAAUAGUCAUUAUUUGAAUUCCCAAAGCAGUGAGACCUACUGCUGUAGAUGAAACAUGAGAAAGGCCAGGUGCACCACCUUUGAACAUGAACACUUUAAAUAAUUUACAUAAGUCGUGAUAGAGGAGGCCCUGGGGAGCCAUAGGAAGCUACCUUCCUGAAAGACAGGUCACAGACAUGCUUGGAUUGUUUAAUUAAGAACUUCUGUUGUCAAACUCAUGGUAAACUUCCUCGUUAUACUAGUCGCAGAUUGGUUUCUUAUGACAUUCUUUUCAUUCUUAUACCACGGUUCUUUCCUUCAUGUACUGUAGUGACAUGUUACAGGAAUGCUUUUACAUAUUGUGAGCUAAUCUUAUUAGCGUUCUUGCAGAGAGUUACAUGAGAAGAUUAACCCUAGUCUUAAACAUGGUGAUAUAUAUAAAACUCAGCUUAGUAUGAAAACUGUGAACUUGUGAAAUUAAACACUGGUCUUUUUACUGUGUCAGGAAAAAGGCAUGUUAUUUUACUACUGUUUAGACUCUAUGACCAAACAAAGCAACACUCCCCAUCAGGUCUACACUGAUUGCAGACUGGAGGUAAUUGUGAUGCAUUGUUUUUGUGUGUCCAGAUUAGGCAAGCAGAAGGUGUGUCACUGCUUUCACAGAUCAGGAUAAAUAAGAUUUUGUCGUCACAAUGCAACAAGUUGACUAACAUUCUGUAAUUGUUUCCUUUUUAGUCGGCAAAGAGUGAUAGUGGGAAUCUCAAAAAUAAAGCAAAAACAUCAUGUGAA